AUGCCAAAGAAAAUUCGAGAUUACCUCUUCAAAAUCAAAAGCCCUCGCCCUCAAAUCCGUUUACCCUCCAAGAAUUGGAUUCUCUCUGGCUGCAAACAUCCUAGGACACCUUCCUUUGCCUUGUACAGUGGUAGAAACGAACCUCAAAAUCACCGUCAUGUUGUUCGUAACACCAACAAAAACAGUUAUCACCACAAGGACGAUGCAGCCACCUUAGCAGACGUUGACCGUUUCCUCUUCGAGAAUUUCAAGUCUCUAUACGUCAAAGACGAGGAAGAAACCUUAAACAGCAAAAGGGUCUUCGAAGGUGACGACCAAAAGCACGAGUUGGAAGAAACAACAACGCCACGUGAUCUUCGUGGGUCCACUCGCUUCUUCGUGAAGGCAGGGUUUUCGGGGUCACUAGUGGAGGACGCUUUCACAAACACCACCAUUAACACAACAACCAGUGAUGAAGUAGGAUCAGUCUCAACCCUCUACGAUGUUUCGUCUUCCAGUUCUUACGAGAAAGAGGGUUUGGAUCACGCGCUUCCGGAUAACAGCAUCGCGCUCUUGACGCACUCCACGACCCCUUAUGAGGAUUUUAAACGUUCCAUGCAAGAAAUGGUGAACAGCCAUGAAAGGGUGGUUGAUUGGGAUUUCAUGGAGGAGCUCUUGUUUACUUACCUUAAUCUCAACCACAAAAAAUCGCACAAGUUCAUUCUCGGUGCUUUUGUGGAUCUCAUCACCGUCAUGCGUCGGAGUACUUCCGAACCAGCUUCCGACAGGCCACGUAGCGUUCGAACCAUUAGGACUGGUCGGGAGUUACGGGAUAGGACCAAAAAUGUAACUUUAGAAUUUGGGUCCUCCUUGUAA